AUGCGAGGCCUGUGGGCGGCGAGCUGGCGGUCGCUGGGAAGGAAGACCCUCCGCUCGUCGUCUUCUUCAUCAUCGCCUUCUUCGUCUUCGCUGUCUUCGAAUUUGCAGCUGCUCGGCCCGAACCUCCCCGACGUUUGGACGAUGCCCGGCCCCAGCUCCGGCGGCUUCCGUUCCCAGUCUUCAGCUAAUGGGCAAACUGCUAAUGUAGUAAACGGGAAGUCUAUGGCAAGAGCUAUUAGAGAAGGAAUAGCCAAUGAAAUUUGUAGAAUGAAGGAAACCAUUGUAAAAUCCCUGGGAUUGGCUAUUGUGUUGGUUGGUAUUCGUGUCAAGUUAAAAGCUUGUGAAGAAGUUGGGAUAACGACCUAUGUAGAGGAGUUACCUGAAGAAUGUACAGAAGAUGAAGUUCUGCGCAUUGUUUCCAGAUUAAAUAAUAACCCAUCAGUUAAUGGUAUUAUUCUGCAACUCCCUUUGCCACAACAUGUGGAUGAGGAGAGAAUCAUCAAUUUUGUGAGCCCAGAGAAAGACGUGGAUGGCUUCCAACCCCUCAAUGUGGAAAACCUUGCCAUGAAAGGAAGUGAUCCACUUUUUAUUCCUUGUGCUCCUAAGAGUUGUAUUGAGUUGUUGUUGAGGUCUGGUGUGGAAAUUAUGGGAAAGAGAGCUGUGGUAGUCGGGAGAAGCAAGAUCAUUGGGUUACCCACUUCUUUGCUAUUGCAGAGGCACCAUGCAACAGUCAGCACAGUACAUUCUUUCACCAAAAAUCCAGAGCAGAUUACAAGAGAAGCCGACAUUGUGAUUGCUGAUGUGGGGAUACCCAAUUUAAUCCGUGGCAUUUGGCUAAAACCGGGAGCUGUUGCAGUGGAUAUGGGGACCAAUCAAGUUCAGGUAGGAAUACUGAAAGUUCAGCACCAAUGGCAUUCUCAAACUGUGUGGCCUCACUUGAAUGCAAAUUUGGAUUGUAAUGUGCAUUGACCUUUAUAGAUAUAGGUUAUAGGAUGCUGUGGUUUCUAUCUUUCAUGUU